AUGAAUACUCCAAUUACAGUUUAUCAAUCAGAUUACGCGAAUCUAAAUGAAGAUAAAGUGCUUGAGCCUUUUAAGCAAAAAGAGAACUUUAUUCUUUACAUGUAGGAACUUCGCAAGUUGUUCCAAGCCAGAUCUAAAUCUCUCAAGAAUACUAUCCAUGUACUCAAGUAAUCAUUUGAGGAGGACAAUUUUAUAUCAUUAAUCAAGGAUGAUAAACAGUGCUAAGAUUACUUGUUAAAGCGCAUUGAUGAGAUUUGCAUAAGUCAAUACGAUAAAGAGAGAGAGCUCUAUAUCUAAAAACUUAUUCAAAAGAUCUCAUCUUAUUAAACUGAUAAGAUCAAAUUACAAGAGGAUUUGGUUUUGCUGAAUUUAGAAUUGAAUCAAGGUAGGUAAAAGUAAAAAAGAUAGCAUUCACGCGAAAAAUCUUAAAACAGUAGAACAUAGGCUUUGAAAGAUUUUAAUGCAAUUCUUAAGGAGAACACUUUGAACAACAUAGAAGAGUAAAAUAAAUAAUCUAGUCGGAGAUGUAUGGAUAAAAAGGUCAAUGACUUGUAUGAAGAGUUGAAAUUCUUGCAAAAUAAAAAUGAUGCACUGAUUAUGAAUCUCCAUGAAAAGGAUGAGAAAUUUAAAGUAAAAGAAAAAAAACUUUAAGAAUUAGAACUUGAACUCCAAAAAUAUAGCUAAAUUUCUAAGGACUUAGUGAAAGAAAAACAGAAAAUCUAGGAUCACUAUAUGCAAUAAAUACUUGUAAAUAUUGAAGAGAUAAAAUUGUAAUAUUUAGGAUUUGAAGAGCCAUAUUACAGAAUCAGAUAGUAGGCUACAUAAAGAAAGAGAGAGGAAAGAAAAGCUGAAGGGGGAGCUAAAAGAUAUGAAUAAUCAUUACAUGAAGAUAAUAAGACUUUUGAAUAAAAAUUGCAAGAAAAAAUAGUUGAGAUUGAGAAGGGAUGUGGAAAAACAUCUAACAGAAGUAUAAGCCAAAAAUAUAAUUCGAGGAAUGAAUUUUCGAGCCACAGUAGAAAUAAAACAAUGACUAACGUAAAAAGUAUUAAUAAUGGUCAAGAUGAUUUCAUGAGUACCAUUUAAAUGGGUUUAACUGAUUAAUUUGCUUCAUUCGAAUCAGCCUCUAGAAAUGGAACAACAUAAAGAAAGAAAAAAUGCCUAAAUAAAAGUAACUCUGUCAGCUCUAACGGUGGAACAAAUUCGGUAAAUUUAGGUUCCACCAUUAAAUCCAGCGGGUCUUUUAUUAACACCAAAGAUUCUAGAACUUAUUAAAAUGAGAGAAACUCUCAGAAUAUGGCUCUGCAUUCUCAAACUCAGAGUUUUUCUUAUGUAAUGGAAGAUAUUCAAGCUUCAUCUAUAAAUAACGAAGAAAAUAAACAGCUAGGAUAAAACUAGAAUGCUUUACCUAUAAGCUCACAGUAAAAUCCAUAGGAUCCAUUCGAUAGACAAAGAAGAAUUCAGAAUUGGAACUAAACGAAAGUAGAAGAGUAGGUUUGCUUGCUUCUUGGUAGUGGUGGACUAGGAUGCUCAGUUGCAAUGGGAUUAGCUAGACUUGGAGUAGCAAAGUUGAUUAUGAUUGAUAAAGAUGUAGUUGAUGUUUCAAACUUAAAUAGGCAAAUUCUGUUUGAUCAUGAAGACGUUGGAAAGGCAAAAGUAUUUGUAGCUAGAGACAAGCUUUUAAAAAAUCAUCUCAUUAAUAAAAACAUGGUUAUUGAAGCCUAUAAUUUCUGUGCACUUAAGGAAUGGCAGAAAAUAGUUGAACUCAGCAAACAGUCCACUGUAGUGUUUAAUAUGAUAGAUGUUGGUGAUUAUUUUGAUGCAGCAGUGCAAGCAUUAUGCAUGAAGAGAAACUUGCCACUUAUACUUGGAGGCACGUUUAGUCAAUAAAUUACAGUUGAUAUUUUCAUGCCCAAGGAGUCUUGUCUCUCUUGCUCAGCAGAUAGCUACAGUCCCGAGAUGCUUUAAAAGAUAGUUCCAAGUUUGAUAGAAGACCUGCCAGAUUUGGAAUUCAUCCCUAGAAAUAACAAUCCGAUUGGGUAAAGCAAUUGUUAUUUAUGCGUAAUAUGUGCAUAAAUGAUGGUGGCAAGAUUUUCUACCUUACUAAUUAAUGACCCUGAGAUUGUUAUUCAAAGCAGAUUAAUAAUGACAGUGAAUAGUGCUGAGGCUUUCUAGUAUCCUAUUGCAAGAGAUGAUAAAUGCUUGCUUUGUGAUGAUUACGAAAAGCUUACUGACCCAGAAGGCUAUGUUCUGAGAAAAAACCAAAAAUUACAAGAAUAGCUAGAGAAAAAGGAAUUAGAAUAGUAAAAUCUGGCCAGUGAGGUAAAAAGUGAAGAACAAGAAUAGAUAAAAAGUGAAGAACAAGAAUUAAAAGAAAAUAACCAAGAAUAGUCAAAUGAAUGA